UCACUCUGGCUGUUGGGAGAUGUAUAACUUGGGAAAGUGGGAGGGAAGGGAUGGAUGGAUUGAGGGAACACAGAGAGGGCAGCGCAGAGCUUGAGCCACGGACAGAUUGAGAGAGAGGAAGUGGAGAAAGAAAUCCAGAAUUGCUUGGGCUGAAUUCCAGAAAACCGUUUUUCUGUGAGAUUCAGUAGAGUAGUACAGGGUUCUCCUGCAACGAGCUGCUAGUCCUGCUCAUUUUUGCCUUUGAACUCGGCAAAGAACCUGGAGAUGAGGAUGCUAUGGCUAAUGGUGCUCAUCCACGUCUGUGCUUUUGUCCUCUCUGCCAAAGGUGCUGCUCUCACCCUACUGGAGCAGAAAGAAGCCCUGGAUUAUUUGCUACAGUUUGGAUACUUGCAGAAGCCACUGGAACAGUUCUCAGAUAACUUCACGGAAGAGGAAAUUGAGGAAGCUUUGAGGUCCUUCCAACUUGCAUCAGGACUGCCUGCCACAGGGCGGGUAGAUGUGGCAACCCUGUCCCAGAUGCGUCAGCCGCGUUGUGGUGUGGAAGACCCAUUCAAUGAAAAAACCCUCAAGUAUCUACUCCUGGGUCGCUGGCGCAAAAGGCACUUGACUUAUCGGAUCUAUAGCCACAGUGAAGAUAUGGGGUCUACAGCCACACGCACUGCCAUCCAAACGGCUUUCAAGUACUGGAGUGAUGUGACGCAGCUCAAUUUCCAGGAGGUGCGGACUGGCCGAGCUGACAUCCGCAUCUCCUUCCACGGUUCUUCUCCUUGGGGCUGCUCACGGCCCUUCGAUGGGCCUGGACAUGUGCUGGCUCAUGCUGACAUCCCUGAAUUAGGCACAGUUCAUUUUGAUUCAGCUGAGCACUGGACGGAGGGGACGCCACGUGGUGUCAACCUGCGCAUCAUUGCUGCCCAUGAGAUUGGCCAUGCACUGGGACUGGGUCAUUCCCGACACCCAGCAGCACUUAUGGCUCCCUCCUACAGUGGUUACCAGCCACGCUUCCGCCUGCAUCAUGAUGACAUCAAGGGCAUCCAGGCACUGUAUGGCAAGAAGACUCUAUCAACUACAGCAACAAUGACCUCUCCUGCCCGUACCACUGUCCCUACAGGCUCUGUGAAACCUAGUAAAGUCCCUAACCCAUGUAAAGAUCGAUUGGAUGCCAUCAUGCUUGGGCCAUAUGACAAGACUUAUGCUUUCCAUGGGGAUUAUGUGUGGACAGUGACAGACUUUGGGACCAACCCACCACUGAAAAUCUCAGCAUUGUGGAAAGGACUGCCAGGGUGGCUGGAUGCUGCUGUGUAUUCUCCCCGCACUGGGCGGACUUAUUUCUUCAAAGGCAGUAAGUUGUGGCGUUAUCAGGGCUUCAAGCUGGACCGUGGGUACCCCAAACCUCUCACCCGUAUCCCACCUAAGAUAGAUGCUGCUCUCUAUUGGCCAGGAAACAAGAAGAUCUUCAUCUUUAAGGGCACUGGCUACUGGCAGUGGGAUGAACUGGGGACACAUUUCACCAGUCUCCCCAGAAAGAUCUCCACCCUUUUCACUGGAGCCCCAACCCACCUGGAUGCUGCAUUCACCUGGGAGAAUGGCAAGGUCUACUUUUUCAAAGGGAAGAACUAUUGGAGGCUCAACGACCAGCUACGGGUUGAGAGAGGCUACCCACUGAGUACAGCUGAGCGCUGGAUGCACUGCUAACACUGGCAAGGAUUGCCCUGCAUUCCACUUCUCAAUACUCAGCAGCAAUGAGAUUUUUUUUAUGGACCCAACAGUGACACCUACAGUUGGCAAACUAGAAGAACUCUUCUGAAAAAGGACGCGGUGGGGGUGGGGGUAAAUACAAUUGACACCUUACAGUUCUCUUGAUUUGAAUGCCACUCCCAAAUAGUAACCACCUUGAUCUUUUCUGUGCUGGAUUCCAUCAACAAUACCAUUUACUUUGGCAUCAGUAUGAGUGGCAGAAGGGGCUAGCCCAGUCUCAGAAUAUGGAGAGCCCUGGUGGAAACGGGUAUGAAGUGGGGACUCAUGGCAAGACAGCACAGGAGUUUUUAGACUGGAAAUAUAUAUUUUUGAGAACUGAAGCAGGUAUGUCAGAAGUAUAUUUGCCCAUGGUGAGCAUACUCAUUUACUAUUCUGUCUGGAGAAGCAGAUCACUUUGCCUUUUAUCUAUUACCAGUAGGAGGUCUAGACUGUUUUGUUUACUAAGGCUGAAGUUUUAUGGGAAAUAUGUGGAAUAUGAUGGGGUGGGGUUGGGCAUGCCCAAUAUAUGACAUACACAAACACAUCUUUGUGAUUGCUAAGACAGACUCUGUGAGUUCAUACUGAAUGUGUUCCACGUUAACCAGUCAUGAGGCCUUGUGUAUCUAGCAGUACGAGUGAAGACUCUGAUUUAGAGGAUCUGAAUGUAUAUAGCUGGCUGUUAACAGCAGUUACACCGGUCCAGAAUUAAAGAAAAGGGUAUGAUGGUAAA